AUGGGACGAGUACUGCCGGACAUUGUGGACCAAGCCCAAGGGGCUUUUGUAGGUGGGAGAUCGGUGUCUGAUAAUGUUAUGCUUGCUCAGGAACUUAUAAGGGGAUAUUCAAGAAAAAGAAUAUCCCCGAGGUGCAUGAUAAUGGUGGAUAUCCGAAAGGCUUAUGACACUGUUAGCUGGGAUUUCUUGAAGGAGGUUCUGCAUGGGUUCGGGUUUCCGAGUAUCUUCACUGAAUGGAUCAUGGAGUGUGUAAGCACAGCAUCUUUCUCGGUGAGCAUUAAUGGUACUUUGCAUGGAAAGUUUGAUGGAAGGCGGGGAUUAAGGCAAGGGGACCCCAUGUCCCCCAUGUUGUUCACGUUAUGCAUGGAAUACUUCACAAGAAUGUUGAAGGCCAAGACUGCGAGCCCGAUGUUCAAGGGAGAUGUAAGCUCGGUGGGAAUAAUGAUGAAUGCGUUGAAUGAGCUCGAAGGGACCUCAGGGCUAGCGAUUAGUGCUACGAAAUCGAAACUGUUUUGUAAGCUUGAACUGAUAGCCAAGGUGAUCCAAGGUGUGGUAGCAUACUGGAUGCAAGAGCCAAAAGAUGAGGGCGGACUUGGCUUGCGAAAUUUGAAACAUUGGAACAAUGCGUUUAUGACAAAAACACUCUGGAAUAUCCACACCCGGAAAGAAACGUUAUGGAUUCGUUGGGUCCAUGACUUUUAUUUACGGAAUGUGGACUUCUGGACGUGGAAUCCGGGAAGAAACGAGUCCGCCCUCAUGCGUAGUUUGGCGAAGGUUAGGGACCUUCUCGUAAGCAGAUUUGGAACCACUAGUGACUGUAUCAAUAAACUGGCCUCUUGGAAUGGACCGAAUGGCAUUAAUACUUCGGCCGUGUAUGAAGCAAUUCGUCCACAAAGCCCAAAAAAGUUUGCCAUGAGGUUUAUUUGGAAGAGCUUUGUCCCUCCUAAAUUUGCUUUUUGUACGUGGCUUUGCUUACAUGGAAGGCUACUCACGAAAAGCAAUGUAAUCUUCAUGGAGAUUGACAAACAUUGCUCGUUUUGUGGUGCUACACUGGAAGAUAUCAACCACCUUUUCUUCAUGUGCCCGUUCUCUAAACAAGUUUGGGACCGUGUAAGAGAUGGUGUUGGUAUUGCAAGGAAUACGGCCUCUAUCAAAGGAGCAAUAAAAUGGCAUCAUAGGGAUUCUCGAGGAACCCGGCCUCGAUCCAAGAUUGGUGCUCUAGCUAUCAUGGCCUCGGUUUUCCAUUUAUGGAAGACAAGGAAUGCUCUUUAUUUUGAUCAGAUGGCUGCCGAUGUGGACCGUACUUCUACCAUGAUCCUCAAGAACAUUUUCCAGGUGAUGUACAGGUUAUACCCGAAUGGGUGGAAUGCAUGA